AUGAAGCAGAAGAUAUUGGUGAAGGUGCCAAUGCACUGUGACAAAUGCAGAACCAAGGCUUUGAAGAUUGCAGCAGCUGCACACGGUGUGAGCAAAGUGUCCAUCGAAGGAGCAGACAAAGAUCACAUUGAGGUGAUUGGAGAUGGGGUUGAUUCUGUUUGCUUGACCAGAUUGUUAAGGAAGAAGCUUCGCUCCGCCACCAUUGUCAAAGUUGAAGAAGUGAAGGAAGCUAAAGCUGAUAAGAAAGAGGAAAAGCUAACUCCACCAGUUCAAUGCAUAUCAUCAGCCAGCUAUUGUGCUCCGCAGUGUCCUUCAAUGUAUUAUGGAGUGGUUUGUGAAUAUCCAGAACCAAGCAACUGCUCUAUCAUCAACGGUUACCUUGCUCAUGUUUACAGAGAAAGGAAUUUUGUAGCUGAUUGUAUGGCUAACUGGAUCAUGAACUUGGAUAUGGGAGUUUGUUAUUUGGAUGAGGCUCCUAUCCGGGUUAACUCUUUCUUGGCGGAUGAUUUCUUAAGGCGUUGUUAG